UGUGUCAAGUGUGAGAACAGAGCCGCUGUGCACCGUGUUCCCAGUCAGCAAACAGUCCCUGCAUGUACAGUCAGGGAAAAAAAACAAGAGGCACAGAACACAAGGAGAAAAGGGACAAGCUGGGCCUUUGUUAACAUUGUACUCAGCACCUUUAGAAAAUCGCUUGCACAUUGCAUUGGGCCCAGCCCUAUUGGAGGGACUGGAGUAGGUGCAGCUUGUGACCCACUGACACUGGGGGAUAGUCCCUGAGGUUUGUCUAGUCUGCAGCUGCAUCUGCUAGUCUCUCUUGACAGAAUGCUUGGCUCACAUAAGCUGCUGCUGGUGUACACUUGUUCUCUCCUGCUGACCAUGGUCUUCACUUCAGAGAUUUCCAAACCGUCUAAGAACAGAAAGAAAGGGCAUGGCAAGGGAAAAGAGAAUCCAGGCACUUUCCAGGAUAAAGGCCAUGGCAAAGCAUCUCCAGAUCCAGUUCUAGGAGGGAACUCUUUUGACCCAUCUCAGUUUUAUAGUUUAGUGGAAGAAUAUGAGCAAAGUUUAAAUGAGAUGGUGAACCAACUAAGGAACAACACUGAGUCCUCAAGUGCUCAAUGUGAAGUGAACCUGAGACUCUGGCUUUCUAACAGGAGGAGUCUUUCACCCUGGACUUACAGUAUCAAUCAUGAUGAAAAUCGCGUCCCUGCAUCUAUACCAGAGGCUCGUUGCUUGUGCACCGGCUGCAUCAACCCAUUCACCAUGCAGGAGGACCACACCAUGUCCAGCAUUCCAAUCUACAGCAAGAUUCCUGUGCGCCGACGACUGUGUGACAACUCACCGGGUCAUCGGGGAAGGCGAAGGAAAAAGUGCCAAAAAGAAUACACAACAGUCAUGGAAAAUAUUGCAGUCGGCUGUACAUGCAUUUUCUGAACACACAUUUUUAUUUUUGGAAUCCUCUUAUGUGUUCCUAAAUUUCCAAAUCCACAGCCAAAUAAUAGAAAAGCAAACACAUAAAGCUGCACAACAUACUGUAUGUGGAGAAAUAGUAAUAUAUCAUUUGUCUUCACCACUUGUCAGGAAGGGAAUAAACAAAGCUUGAACUUA